CAAAGAGGGGAGCUCGCGAGGGGUACUUCCUACCGGCAUUUUCUUAUGGUUUUAAAAUAGCGAUUAUAAAAAACGGCCUAUGCAGAUAUAUGACAAUGAUUGUCCCAGACCACUGAUUUAACCCUAUUGAUACACCAAUCUGGUCCUAUGGUCAUAGAAGAAUAUCUGGAAGAAGAUGAGGAACCACCUUUGCUGCUCAGCUCUUGUCCUUCUCACGGUUUUUGGGACCGGGGGGACGGUAGCGGUGCAGUGCCGGUGGGGGGAGGGGUGUGAGUGUCUGAAGUGUCCCAGCGGCCAGGAGCCCACCAAGGCUUGCGGCCAGGUGGAGAGCCCAGGCGAGGCGGUGCAGUGCCAGUCUUGCCCAGUGGGCACGUUUUCUGACACUUUCGACUCGGAUCAAUGCCGGCCGCACUCUGACUGUGGGGUCUUCAACCGAAAGGUUGUGGCUCCUGGUACGUCGUUCCUGGAUGCAGUCUGCGGAGACUGUAUGUCUGGGUUCCAACCCGUUGCCAGAAGCAAAGCUUCCACACUGACCUGUGUCAGAGCCCCCGCAGCCAGUUCUGCCCGCGUUCGCGAGGUGCGUACAGUGGGGAAGGUAGCAGCGGGAGGCACUGGCCUACCCGUCAACGGUACUGCAGUGCGGAGCCCGGAGGAGAAGAGCACGGAGUACGCUGUGUUCGCCCUGGUGCCAAUCUUCUGUGUGAUGGGCCUUCUGGGGAUCCUCAUCUGUAACAUCCUCAAGAAGAAAGGAUACCGCUGCACCGCCGAGAAGGAGGGAGGAGACGAGGAGUACCCUGCACAACAAAAAGAGGGCAACGGCGGCGCCUACGCCGUGAAUGACCCGAACGAAGACACCAUCAGUGUUCUGGUACGCCUCAUCACAGAGAAGAAAGAAAACGCCUCCGCUCUGGAGGAACUGCUGCUGGAGUACGAGAGCAACCAGUUGGCCGUCAGCAAAGCCACCUCAAUCAAGUUCCCAGUGCUGUCUCCUCUGACCCAGUUCCGCUCCCUUCCGAAACCCUGUCCUCACCAGUCUCACCUGCACACUGUCUCGGGUCUGUCCGGCCUGUACAACUUCCGGCGCGGCUACAGCUGCUCCCGCUGCGCUCAGAGGAAAUGGCCGCCGGUCUUGAUGCCUCCCGUCGAGCCCCUAAGACCCCUCAAACCCCUCAAACCCCCACAGUCCCUCCUGCUGCCCCUUCUGGAUCUCCCCAAGAGCCCUCUGCUGCCCCCUGUGGACACGCACCACUCCGGCUUCAAGGUGUGUCCGUCCCGCAGCCCCACGUCAGAGGCGGGGUCACUUGACGAGGAGAAGGGCCGGAUGGCCGGGGAGGUGACCCGCUCGGUCGGGAGGUUCCAGGUGGCCCAGAUCCAGGAGCAGGCGUCUGGUUCCGUGGCAACGACGGUCUGCUCGGACCAGUCUGACUUAGCGGAUGACUCUGCUUUACUGGAGGGAAACCAUUCUGUGUCAUCACCACCACCAUUUCCACCACCAUCAUCUUCAUUAUCAGCUGCUAGGGAUAGACUGGAGGUUAAUAGCUAAACAUUCACAAAGAGGCAUGCUGGGUAACAAACAGAAAACAUCUACCUCGCCUAGGAUGACGACAUCAUUGCGCGAUGGAUGUGAUGGGAUUCCGGAAUGGCGACCAGAGAGGUCAAUCAUCCUGCUUGUUGGGAGGUUUGAAGUGUUAGUCUGGGUGCCGGACGAAGGGAGACCCCCGCUUGAUGACACGAACAACUUGUAUUUGAUCCUGUUGAUGCUUAAUACUCCUGUCUUGAGAGGCAGUGCGAUGAAGAGGUCGAGGGUCAAACUAAUAACCAGUAUGUUCGUGCUUCCAUAAGACUCAGAAGGACCUUAACACUGCCCCUUGACACUUUGCAAUACAUACAUACACACAUUCAUACAUUAUAUACCAGCAGUACAUACAAUCAACAAGUAUUAUAGGAAACUGCUGAACUGUUUAGUCGAAAUAGAACUUUUAAUCCUUUUUAUAACAGUUUUAGCCAUUUGGCGGUUUUUGCUCAUUAUAUUUGAAAGGCCGAUUAGCUGACAUUUUAUUCCUUCUGGAUUAUGUUGAAUGUAGUCGUAACAAUGCAGGACUAGUCUUAUCUACUUAGGUGUUGAGCUUCAACUUAAUACAGUGAGAGCCACUGAUAUCCAAACACUGCAUGAACUACACGUUUGACCCUUUAGCCCUGAUAGAUGGCGUCUAACUUCCUUUAGCUUUCGAUUAGAUUUCAAUGUGUAAAUGACUGUAUAAUAUGUACAUAGCGGGUGUGAAUAUGUAGGGGUGAUAAUAGACCUGUUAAAUGACCCUGUAUUUAUUUAAGCUUAUAGAUGUGUACAAUUGGGGGUGGGGUGGGUAGGGGGUGGUCGUACAGGGACAUUGUGACGGUUUGCCAGCAGUUUGCAGUGCCUGUUUUGAGACACUUAAAUCGGUCCCGAGUGUUUGGGUGGAGAUAUAUUGUCUCUCCCGGCGUAUCACCGACCCACCACCCUACCAGCGAUGUCGCCGACGGAUCAGUGGGAUCCUACCCCAUUCAGCGCUUAUCUUGAACCGUGAUCUCACUUCCACUUCGUGCCUUGUGGCAUCACGGCGGCGAUUGCCUAGCAACAAACUCAGGCAAAGUACCUAGGUUGAUCUAAUUCACCUGUUUUUACCCCACGGAGAAAGCACUUAUGAUGUAAUUCAGUGUUGUUUUGUACUGUCACACACACACACGCACAGACAGACACAUUCAAGCGCACAGUUCCUGCUCCAUCAAGCAAAGCAGGCAGAUAACAUCACCGCCAGCGCUUUAUCCUCAAUACAUUUCCUGAAGGGAGCAACAUGGUGUGAAUGGAGUGUUUUUAUUUUGAUAGAAUCAUGACUGACCAUUUCAAUCUCAUUCCCUCGGCUGCAAGUGUUUUACACAUUUUUUAUUAUUUAAUUUGACUUUCAAGUAGUGGCACAUAGCUGCUUCACACAUUUUUAAUGUUUACAUUGACAUUUAAUAAAGGGUGGUUAUGACGGUGUUCAUGGUCAAUUUGAACUAUUAUUUUGUAUUUUGCUGUUACUGAGGUUAAGUGUCGGCAUUUGAUAAUAUUUAUUGGUUGAACAUUUUGAUGUUUUUACCUGACUUGUUUUACCAUCACAUAAACUGAAGUGUUACAGAAAAGAAGUAGGAAAAAUACUUGUCUUCUCUACAUCGUAGAUUGUAUUUAAUAUGAAAUUUUUUCUGUAUGACAUUUUUACUCUUAAAAUAAAGGAGACGUUUAUUUUGACUUGUCUGCGUGUUGACAGUUCAUAAAACCCAGGGCUAAACACCUGACUGGGCAAGUUUGUCUUAUGCUGAUGUCCACAAACAAUGAUCCACUAUCAGCACGGUAGAUUGAUAUGAACACAAAUCUUAGUACCCUUUGGCUGUGUGGAAAUUCUCCCCACUAGUAAAUACAUUCUUGUGUUUGUUCAAUCCUAUACACAGUAAUGGUUCCUUAUAAAAAGCGGCCUUUGGAGGAAUGGCAACUACAAGCAUGUCACUUGCAACUGCCAGACAUGUACAAGACAUUUUUGCAGCCAUAAGCAUGUCAUUUGUAGUCUUGUCAGCAGUCCAGUUUUGUCUCAUCUUUAAAAGAAUGCCUGGCGGACUUCCAGCUCUGUUUGCCUUAGAAUUGUGAUUAAUCACUCCAAACUUACCGUAGGUCUAGAACCUGCCAAGUCAUGCCUGGGGCUAAACAGCUUUCUCUGGCUGAGAGAGGACGAGAAGGCCCUUUUAAGACAGAUUAGUGUGUCAUCCUAAACAUAGGUUCAGUAGGAACACUGUAAUCAGUGGCUCCUAUAGUUCUAAUUGUUAUCUAUUUGGAUUACAAAAUCACAAACAUGUUAUUACAGCUUGCAUGUUCCUUCUUUACACUGUCAGCAUCCACCAGUGGAUUUCCAGCUUCCUUAGAUGUCUCAGUAAACGAGGUCCAGUAUUCUACUAUUAUUUUCAAGUAAUAUAAAUGGUACUUUGUUUAUUUUAACGGCCCAAGAGACUAGUCAGUAAAAAAAAAUAACCCUGGCCAACUGUGUUUGACAUACAGUGGGGAGAACAAGUAUUUGAUAC